AUGCUUAACCCCGAUUCAACUGUUUUUGCGAAUAUACAGAAUGCAGGUCAAAGAAGUCAUAUAGGACUUGGUGCUUCAAGUUCUCAAAAAUCAAAGAAAAUUGUCUUUAUCUCAGCUGGGAUGCUAUCGUCUGAUGUUCCUGUGUCAUCUUCACUGAAAUAUGUUGCAUCUAGUACUCAGAUUGUUCCAAUAGAAAGGACAGAGUCAGCAGAUAUCUCGUUUGAUAUUGUCGACGACGCACCACCAUCUGAAGUGGUGGUGCCCUCUCGAGCCAAGAACCAAUCUCCUUUUCCAUUUGAAUCAUCUCUGGCGGCUAGGGAAAAAUCCAAGUCUAUUUCAUCUUCUUCCAAAGCUGCUGCUGCUGGGUUACUCAAAUUGAAGGCUCACCCCCCUUCUUCGUCUUCCUCUGAAUCUGAACCUGAGGAAGCAAAAUUUGAGUCUAACGAAACCCAUGAUACCACCAUAUCUGAUGAAUCUAUUCCUGACAAUGCUGAAUCAGAGGCUGAGUCUAAUGAGCCAGAACAAGAAGUCAUUGUCCCUACUAAACAAGAAGACGAAUCUUACACAGAGCUAGUUGCAACUCCAUUGUCGUCCAAGGCUAAAGGCAAGAAACCUAUCUCUAAUUCUGUAUCAUCUCAAGGACUCUCAGGUGUUAAUUUCAAACCUCAUUCUCCUAUUUUUUUUUGUUAUAAUGACAAUGCUCGUGAUAUGGUUCUCUAUGCUCAAAGGAAAUUUCUCAUUGAGAAAAAUUAUGUCUUAAGUGAUCAUCGUCCUUAUGGUGUGCUAACUAUGCUUCAAGAUAAAAAAUGGACAGGUUCCUUGGUUAAAUUUACUGGUUUUGUGGAUAGAAUAGUCAAGGAAUUCUAUUACAAUAUUACUGAUGAAAUUAUUGACCCUAAAUCUCCUUUGUAUUGUAAAGUGUAUGUUAGGGGACAUUGGUUCUCUUUUUCCCCACAAGAUAUUGCACAGGCUUUGCAUCUUCCUCUUGAUGUUGAGAAUGAUGAUGAUCUUGACUCUCUUGACAAGGAUGAGGUCAUCACUGAAUUAGUAGGGCAAAAAAUGGUAUGGCCACCUAAUACAGUCAUCUCGAUUACCAAUCUCACCUACACUUAUGCUGUUCUCCAUAAGUUUGCCACAACGAAUUGGAAACCAACUUCUCACACCGCAACUAUUUCAUUUGACAUGGCUUCCUUUUUGUACAAAGUGGUGACCAGAAUUGGUAUAUACUUGGCUUUCGACAAGAAAGCCAAGCCUCAAUCCCUGAAAUUUGCCUCGGAUGUCAUUCCUCCUAAAUCCUCCUCUGUUCCCACAGAUUCAGCACCUGUUGCUACAGAACUAGCUGUUGUUCGUGCCUCUGUUAAUUCUUUGGCUGCUCGAGUGAUGACAAUUGAAGGACUGCAACAUUCUGCUUUGGAUGUUGUUAAAGCUUUGUCCAAUGGUCCAGCGGUUUAG